CCGGUCUGAUGGGUCACAGAAGGUCACCGGUUCUUAUCCAUCACACUUCAUUAAUAAUUCACCCCCCACCUCCACAUGUGAAUGAUGUAAUAGUGUGUCUGCCGAUGAUUUGGUGCCGCUGCGCGCCAUGUGCUCAUCUCCCGGCCGCCAGAUGAAGAGAAGAUAAUCCUGGUUUGUGGACAAAUAAAGAGUGAGUAAAAUAUUACCGCAUAAAUUUAAAUAAACGCUGAUUGGAAAUAAAAGUGAUGCUGAGCUUGAUGCGGCCUGACGGAGGAGGCAGGUGGAGUCGUGGCUGCUGGGAGGGAGGGCGGAGAGCAGAGCGUCCUCCCCCGUUGUUCCUGCUGCUGGUGUGAGGCGUGCGUAAAGACGCGUAGAUAGACACGCUCCGGCAGCUCGAGUUGGACCGGACCACUUCUCCAGUGCGACACGGGAUGUGGUUCGGACCAGCGAGUGGUGCGGCACCACGGGGGGAGGCAUCUGAAGCAGCCUGUCUGAACACACCGCGGGGGUGAGGAGGAGGGGGAGCAGCUCCAGCGGAGAGGCAGACAAUGCGGCUGGUCGAUGCGCUCAUCGCUGCUCUCUGAGAAAACAGGCAAUGGACACGGAAUGCGUCGUGACUUGAUUUGAUUUCUUUCUUUCUUUUUUUAUUUUGGGAUUCGCCCUGAAUAUUUUUCCUGCACUGCCUGGUUACUAAGGAACCAAAUCAAAGAUGAAAUUUCCAAUAGAAAACCCGACAAAACAAGUAAACUGGGACCCAGAGCAAGUGGCGGUCCAGACCCACUUGGUGCCGCCCAAAAAGAUGCAGCCAGGCAUGGUGAAGUCCAGCCUGGUCCAUGCCAGCGUGGCCACCAUGCAGAACCCGAUGGGCUACGACCCGCGGGCCAACGGCCACUGCGCCCUGCCGCGCCUCUCCAUCUCCUCACGCUCCGCCAGCAUGGUGGCCAGCCUGGACGCCAGCACCGACGGCUCCAUCGCGGCGCUGCAGUCCGUGAUGAAGUGGAAGACGGUCAUGGCGGUGUUCGUGGUGGUGGUCCUCUACCUGGUGGCUGGAGCUCUGGCCUUCAAGGGCCUGGAGCAGCCCUUUGAGAGCAAACAGAAGACCAGCAUCACCCUGGAGAAGGCCUCCUUUCUGGAGAGGAACCCCUGUGUGACUCCCACCGAGCUGGAUGACAUCAUCAAGCAUGCUAUAGACGCUGUGAGCGCAGGAGUGAGGCCCAUUGGAGAAACGUACAACUCCAGCUACUGGGACAUGGGCAGCGCCUUCUUCUUUGCUGGAACGGUCAUCACCACCAUAGGUUAUGGGAACAUCGCUCCCAGCACGGAAGGCGGGAAGAUCUUCUGCAUCCUUUAUGCCAUCUUUGGCAUCCCUCUCUUUGGCUUCCUGUUGGCGGGGAUCGGAGACCAGCUGGGCACCAUGUUUGUGAAAAGCAUCUUGCGAGUUGAAAAGAUAUUCAGGCAAAAACACAGACAGAUCAGCCAGACGAAGAUAAGAGUGACAUCCGCCCUCUUGUUCAUCCUCGCCGGCUGCAUCGUCUUCGUCACCAUCCCUGCUGUCAUCUUCAAACACAUCGAGGGCUGGACCACACUGGAGGCCAUCUACUUCGUUGUGAUCACCCUCACCACCGUGGGCAUCGGCGACUACGUGGCAGGUGGGAAUCGCACCAUCGACUACAUGAACUGGUACAAGCCUCUGGUGUGGUUCUGGAUCCUGGUGGGGUUGGCGUACUUUGCUGCUGUUCUCAGCAUGAUCGGAGACUGGCUGAGAGUUCUUUCUAAAAAGACCAAAGAAGAGGUCGGGGAGAUCAAGGCUCACGCUGCUGAGUGGAAGGCAAACGUCAGAGCGGAGUUCCGUGAAACGCGACGGCGCCUGAGCGUGGAGAUCCACGACAAGCUCCAGCGGGCCGCCACCAUCCGCAGCAUGGAGCGCCGCCAGCUGGGCCUGGAGCAGCGCGCUCACUCGCUCGACAUUCUCUCUCCAGAGAAGCGGGCGAUGUUCGCCAGCCUGGACGGCGGCCGCUUCAAGACUUCUUCCCAAGAGAGCAUCAACGGAAAACUGAACAACCUGAGGCUGAAGGGCGCCAGCGAGGCGUACGACCAGCAGGGCAGCGAGCAGACGCCGCAGACUGCGUCUUCCUCAGAGGAAAACCUCUUCAACCUGCGCUUCGGCUCGCUUACCAAGCUGGCCCGGCGCAACAAGAACCGCGACCUGUGCAGGAACAUCACCGAAGACUCCCGGCGUACCAGCAUGGCCAUCAACACGCCCAUGCAAGGGGAGGAGAGAACGGGCGAGGAUGAGGAGCCAGACGAAGAGAGCCGAGAAAAGAAAGAGGAAAACAUCAGCCUGACAAACCUGUCGCAGUAUGCAGCGGAGCGCAGCAAGCUCAACGUCUUCACACCGACACAGGCCAAGGACAGAGAGAGCGAUCAGAUCUCAAAUGCAUGAACACUUCAACUGCAGACAUAGACUCUAGAAAGAGAGAAAGAAAGUCGGACUGAGUCACAGGGAGAGUUCACAGACCUUUGAGAUGUCAAGAAACGUGCCUUUUCUGUUUCCUAUGCUUCGACUGGAACCGUUCCCAUCAAAUUCAGUCAUCGUGCCAUAGCAAUGGGAAGAGAACCUGCUGCCAAAAAUGAAUCAAAACAAACAUCCAGAAGAGCCUGUUGUUCGAUUACCUCAUUACAUAUGUUGCUGUAAAAUGGGCUACCUGUGAUGUGAACUGAGCUGUCACACGUUCAGCCCUGGAGGCGCUCACGAGACGGCCAUCUGUUCACCCUGAAUCUUAUUUUUCUCUCACACUGUGGGAGCGACAGCCAGAGAGCUGGAUUCCUGUCAUUCAUCUCCAGAGACAUUAUCGAUCAUUUUGUCAUCUCAUACCGUGGUGGCUGUUUAUGGGCCGCCGGCCUGCUGAGGAGGGACUUCAACCUUAAUGACUGCAGUUUGGAAGGUUUCGGUUUUGCUGGAUCAAUAAACAAUGCUAGUAGCUACCUAGAGGACAUGUACAAUUAUCCCUACAUUGUAUGUGGCUUUGCAUAUGUAGCCUGACAGUAAAAAAAACAACUAAAUAUUAAAAUCUGUGAUGAAAAAAAUGAAGAAAAACUAUACACAGUGCAUGGUUAUUAAAACACAACCAUAGCAGCUAGCUGGAAUAACCUAAAGAGUUACAGCUGUUAUAAUGUUUCCUUUUUGUGAAAAAAUAAAAUGUUUGGCUUUCACUCCUGGUUUCUGCUCAUCCACAGUAAAACUAAUGUGUUUUUGUAACGUCUAAUUGUGAAUUAACACAAACAUCCAAACAACUCCGGCAAGAUUGUCAGCAGCCUUUAUUGUACACAAAUUUUUUACACUUUUUUCAAUCUGCCUUUUAUUUCUAUCAGGAUUUGACAUGUCUACCUUGAUUCUGUUCAUGAAUGUGAUGCUGUUGAUUUUUAUACUCACUAGCAUGUUUGCAUCUGUGUUUCCUUGUUUUUCUAUCAACCACACACCUCGGUUUUGUGUAUUUUCCAUUAAACUGUAACAUGAACAAAA